AUGGUCUCUCAGAAACCCUUCCUGGGUUUGCAAGGACUGGUAGGCGCCUUCCCCUCCCCGCGAGCCUGGCGACUCUUUUUUGCAGUCUUGUCUGCGCAUUUCCGGGUCUGUGAGCCGUACACGGACCACAAAGGCCGCUACCACUUCGGCUUCCACUGUCCCCGGCUCUCGGACAACAAAACCUUCAUCCUCUGUUGUCACCAUAACAACACAGUCUUCAAAUACUGCUGCAACGAGACAGAGUUCCAGGCGGUGAUGCAGGCGAACCUCACGGCUGGCUCCGAGGUCUACAUGCACAACAACUACCCCGCCCUGCUGGGCGUGUGGAUCUACGGCUUCUUCGUGCUCACGCUGCUGGCUCUGGACCUCCUGUACUACUCGGCAGUGAACUACGACUUCUGCAAGCUCUACCUGGCACGGUGGGGUAUCCAUGGGCGGUGGAUGAAGCAGGACCCCCGGCGGUGGGGGAGCCCCGCCCGGGCCCCUCAGCAGGGGCAGCCGGCCCACAGCCCCAGCCUCCCCCGGGCCCCCUGCCGCAAGCCCCCCAGGCUGUGCACACACCACGGGGCGCCAGCCACAGCCCACCACUGAUGUCCUUCCAGAGCUCAUCCGCCUG